UGACCGAAGUCCCGACGAAAUGGAGAUGGGCUUCGACUUGGCCGAGCUCUUAUACGGCUUGACCCUUGUGGAACCACAAGCGGAUCGGGGCGCUUCGCCGGAGACAAACGCCCAUGAACAACACCCUCCCGCUCCGUCAUCUGAUCCUCAGCCAACCGAAUCUGAACCAGAGGACCAGAUAAUGAUCUCCCGCAACAACCGUCGCCCCAUGCGAUUCCGGGAGAUCUGCGGAGCGGGACGCUCGGUGCAACAACGACGUGUCGAAAGCCCGGCGGAACCAGCGCAACCUGUGCGCACAACAAGUCGCCCGGCGUCCAAAUCGGCGCAACCAUCUGCGCGGCCGAAGCCGCAUCUGAAGCCACCGCGUUAAGGUGGAUCGCUUAUGAAUACGUGACAGAAAAACUGUCAAAAUGUAUGAUGCCAGGGGGAAUAGAGAAAUGGAAUCCCAAAACCUACAACCGAUCAGGUAGCAGCAACGCAGCCUCGCAG